UCAUCCACAGCUCAAAAUAUUUGGCAUGGUGGAUCCCAAAAGAACUAGGCACUCACACUGGUUUCGAGAUCAGACAUUUACUCAGAUGACGAAGAUAUUCUUGCUAAGCAUUUUAAACAUUGUCUCUAUAUUAGGCUCUGAUCACCAUAAUGAAACACCAUAUUCACUUGCUGGAGAUGGAAGCAGUCCAUUUCCUUGGAACAAAAUGAGACUUCCCAAGCAUGUUCUUCCAGUUCAUUAUGAUCUUCUUAUUCAUCCAAAUCUCACCACUCUAACAUUUACCGGAUUAGUCAAAAUAGAGAUUAAUGUUACCCAACAAACCAGUUCAGUCAUCUUGCAUAGCAAAUACCUCCAGAUCACCAAAGCUGUUAUUCAGGAAGCCAAAGAAAGCAUCAAUACCAGUAAAGCAGUGACAAUUUUAGAAUACCCACCGUUUGAGCAGAUUGCACUUGUUGUAGCUGAACCAAUGCAACUUGGAAACUACAGUAUUAGUAUUGAGUAUUCUGCAAAUUUGUCUGACAGUUUUCAUGGUUUCUAUAAAAGCACAUACAGAACUCCAGAAGGGGAAGUAAGGGUGCUUGCAUCAACACAGUUUGAACCAACAGCUGCUCGUAUGGCUUUCCCUUGCUUUGAUGAACCUGCAUUCAAAGCUAAAUUUUCUGUUAAGAUCCAGAGAGAAUCCAGACACCUUGCACUAUCUAAUAUGCCUUUAGUGAAAUCUGUAAACCUCAAGGAAGGGCUCAUUGAAGACCACUUUCAGACCAGUGUAAAGAUGAGCACUUAUCUUGUGGCCUUUAUUAUCUCGGAUUUUAAAUCAGUUUCCAAGAUGACCACCCGGGGAAUUAAGAUUUCAGUUUAUAGUGUACCACACAAAAUCAACCAAGCAGAUUAUGCCUUGGAUGCAGCAGUGAAGCUCUUAGACUUCUAUGAGGAAUAUUUUAGCAUUCCCUAUCCUUUACCUAAACAAGACCUAGCAGCUAUUCCUGAUUUUCAGUCUGGUGCAAUGGAAAAUUGGGGAUUGACUACAUACAGGGAAUCUGCUUUGUUAUAUGAUCCUGAAAAAUCCCCAGUAUCAAGUAAACUUGGAAUUACUUUGACUGUAGCCCAUGAGCUUGCUCACCAGUGGUUUGGAAACCUGGUUACCAUGGAAUGGUGGGAUGAUCUUUGGCUCAAUGAAGGAUUUGCAAAAUUUAUGGAAUUUAUCUCAGUCAGUGUAACCCACCCAGAACUAAAAGUUGAAGAUUAUUUUUUAAACAAGUAUUUUGAAGCCAUGGAAAUAGAUGCUUUAAAUUCUUCACAUCCUGUAUCCAAUCCUGUUGAAGAUCCAUCUCAGAUUCUAGAAAUGUUUGACAAUGUUUCCUAUGAAAAGGGAGCUUGUAUUCUUAAUAUGUUACAGCAUUAUCUCAGUCCAGAGGUGUUUAAGGCUGGACUUGUAAAAUACUUGUUGCGAUUCAGUUAUCAAAAUACAAAAAACAAAGAUCUAUGGAACAGUUUGUCAAAUGUUUGUCCUAUGGAUGCUGCUGCUGAAGGUCAAGAACAAAAUGUUGGGGUUUGUUCCAGAAGCAAGGAAACAAUCUCAAGUUCUCAUUGGACAAAAAGUGCUUUCCAUGAUGUAAAGGCAAUGAUGAACACUUGGACCCUGCAAAAAGGAUAUCCAUUAGUCACCAUUACAACAAAAGGAAGGAAUGUUCAUCUGAAGCAAGAACACUAUAUGAAGAGCUCUAAUUUUUCUUCACCAAAAGGGAAUCUGUGGUACAUCCCAUUAACAUAUGUCACCAGUAAAUCUGAUGUUGUCCAAAGGUUUUUACUGGCAACAAGAACAGAUGAUAUCAUCCUCCCAGAGCAGGUGGAAUGGAUAAAAUUUAAUGUUGGAAUGAAUGGUUAUUAUAUUGUGCACUAUGGUGUUGAUGGAUGGGAUGCUCUGAUUCGUCUUCUAAGAGAAAACCAUAAAGCACUGAGCAGUAAUGAUAGAGCCAGCCUCAUCAAUGGUGCAUUCCAGCUAGUGAGUGCUGGAAAGCUGUGUAUUACCAAAGCUCUUGAUCUGACAUUAUACCUAAAAUAUGAAUGUGAAAAUAUUCCUGUGCUUCAAGGAUUGGAUGAACUGAUACCUUUGUACAAACUGCUGGAGAAGAGGGAUAUGAGUAAGACUGAACAUCAGUUAAAGGGAUACAUAGUCGAUCUGUUUAAAAACAUGAUUGAUGCACAGUCUUGGGAUGAUGAAGGCACAAUGUCAGAGCGAAUACUUCGGAGCACCCUUCUUAUGUUUGCUUGUGUGCGCAAGUACCAACCAUGUGUGAACAAAGCAAAAGAAUAUUUUAUGAAAUGGAAGACAUCCAAUGGAACUCUAAAGUUACCCAGUGAUAUCAAGUUUGCAGUAUAUGCUGUUGGAACACAGACAGAUGAGGGCUGGGACUUCCUUUUCAGCAAAUACCAGCUGCCUGAGUUCAGUACUGAAAAGAAUGUGAUUGAAGCUGUUCUUAGUCUCAGUCAAAAUAAAGAAAAGCUGCAGUGGUUGAUGGAUCAAGGUUUGCAAGGUGAUAUUAUAAAGACUCAGAAUCUUCCUUAUAUUGUUGUGAGUGUUGGAAGGAAUCCUGUUGGUUAUCAGUUAGCAUGGAAGUUUUUGAAGAAAAAUUGGCAGACUCUUGUGAAAAAGUUUGAACUUGGUUCGCAUUCUAUUGCAAACAUGAUUACUGGAGUAACAAAUAAGUAUUCCACAAAGGCUCAACUUGCUGAUGUUAAAAAUUACUUUGGAUCUCUGACAAAAAAAAGUUUAGAGCUUCGUGCUGUCCAACAAGCCAUAGAAACGAUUGAAGAAAACAUCCAUUGGAUGGAUAAGAACCUUGAAAAAAUCAUGAAAUGGUUACAGACCAAUAGUAAUGUGUGAAAUUUGUGUGUGACCUACUUUCAAGAUUAAGAAAUAUUUUGCACUGGAAGACUGCUCUUUUGCCUUGCAGGGACAAAACAACAAGAUUACGAGUUGGAAUUUUCAGUUCAUACAAUGAAUGUUAGCUAUUUAUCAAAUCAGUUAAACAAAGCUUGAAAUUCUUGCAUUUGUUAAGAAUAAGUGAGAGUGCAGCUUUUGACAAGAUGUAUGUUUUACACUCACAUUUGAUAUCAUAAAGGAUUUGUUUCCCAUCCAAACUAUGCCCUCCUGAUACAGCUUGUUGGCAAUAUCACAGAUCAAAUAUCCAUGUAUCAUUCAACAUCACCUUGGAAACAUUAUAUGCAUAUGUGCAACUGGUCUUGAAACUGUGGCCCUCCAGAUUGAAUUAACUGACAACUACCAUCAUUCCUGAAAACUAGCCAUGCUGGUUAGGGCUGACUGGAAAUAAAGGUCAAGAAUAACUGGA